AUGAAUGUCUUCCUUUUUCCAAUCGGUACAUGCAAAGAAAUAGAGAGGAUGAUGGCAAGCUUCUGGUGGAAAUCCAAUAAAUCUAAUGGCAAUGGGAGUGGCAUUGUUUGGAUGAAUUGGGAUAGAAUGACUAAACACAAAGCUAAAGGCGGUAUGGGGUUUCGAAAUCUAAGGGACUUUAAUCUUGCAAUGCUGGGAAAACAAGGUUGGAGACUCUUAUUUAGACAUGAAUCUUUAGCUAGUAAAGUCUUUAAAGCUAGAUAUUACCCGAAUGGUAAUUACUUGUCUGCUGAGUUGGGGUCAAACCCGAGCUUUAUUUGGAGUAGUAUCUAUGCUGCAAAGGACACUGUUAAACUCGGUCUAAGGAAACGAAUUGGGUCUGGUUUGACUGUGCAGAUUACAUCAGAUCCGUGGCUUCCUGUCAUGGAUAGAAUCUCUCCUUCUCCGAUUGUUCCUGGUCUUGAAAACUUCACUGUGAAUAGCUUGUUUCAAGUAGGACAACAAAGAUGGGAUGCUGAUGUUGUGUGUGAUUUAUUUUCCCCAACCGACGCUGCUAUCAUACUUGGUAUCCCUAUUUCACAAUCAAGUGGGGUUGACACUUGGUACUGGCUCGCUGAGAAGAAGGGAUUUUAUUCUGUGCAUACAAGCUGCUUCAAGAUCAAAAGUAUCAUUCGGACAACCCCGAGGGACAUACUUUUUGGAAAAAACUGUGGGCACUUAAGGUGCCGCCUAAGACAAAGGAUCUGGUGUGGAGGGCGGCAUCCAAUUGUCUUGCAACCAAGGUGA